AUGGUGGAUCCGGAUCCUGAAGAAAGGAGUGAUUCCUCCAACUCUCGGGGGUCGUCUAUCCCCAGGCCUGACGAGGAUAUGUAUUACACUCCCCGGAGGCCUAGGGGAUGUCCACGUGGGAGCAUGGGCGCCAGGAGGAUGAAGCAAGUGCCACCACCGGCGUCUCAGCUAACACAGCCAAGGCCACGGAGGAGUAACCGGGCUGAGGCUACUGCCAACCCGACUGCAGAAGUACCAACAGGAAUGGGUAAUAACCUAGCCCCCUCGGCGGCUCGGAACCCUAACCCUGAUGCUGCGCGAAACAACCCGGAACCUAAUCGGGCAAACUCUGGACCAUCCAGGCCCGACAAUGGGAGAAAACCACUGUCACCCAUAAGGCACCCACCAACACCAAUAAGGCACCCGUCGCCAAUCCAAGAGGUCCCACGAACUGCACAUCGGAGGCCAUCUUGCAGCGGCAGUCGAGAUGGAAACCGACAGGCUAGGCCUGGAUAG